CAGGGUCCGGGCAGACCGGAUAUAGUGAAUGCGGGGUCUGGGGAGACCGGAUAUAGUGAAUGCGGGGUCCGGGGAGACCAGAUAUAGUGAAUGCAGGGUCCGGGGAGACCAGAUAUAGUGAAUGCAGGGUCCGGGGAGACCGGAUAUAGUGAAUGCGGGUCCGGGGAGACCAGAUAUAGUGAAUGCAGGGUCCGGGAGACCAGAUAUAGUGAAUGCAGGGUCCGGGGAGACCAGAUAUAGUGAAUGCAGGGUCCGGGGAGACCGGAUAUAGUGAAUGCAGGGGUCCGGGGAGACCGGAUAU